AUGCGCUGGCCGGCGCUUUUGUCCCUCGUCCUCGUGGUCCUCGACUGGCUCAUCCGAGAGGGACACGCCGAGAGCAACGCGACGAACCGAUUCCGGGACGAGCCCGCGGGCUGCAGCUCUGCCAGGAAAAAGAGAUCCCUGACCUUUCCCAAGGGCACCAAUUUUGUCCUGACGACGUCGAUCGUCAAGGCCAUCCAGCUGAAGGAGCCGGCCAACUGGAACCUCGACCUCGAGUUCGACAUGAUCUGGCCGAUCCCCAAGGGCCCCGAUGCCAUGCGGAGACCUCCUCCUACGGGCUGGCACAGGCGCCACCGGCGGGAGCUCUACUCCAACUUUGCCCUGGCCCUCGACAGCCAGGGUGUACCGGGUAAGCAGUGCGUACUGCGCGCCAUCUGCGAAGCCCAGUCGGUCCUCAAUCCUCCGGGAGUCUCCCUCGUCGAAGAUCUGAUCAGAGUCGUCUUCAGCUAUCCCUUGGCUGGGCUCGAGCACGACGUCUACGACGCUGCCGCGCGCGCCGACGACUGCGCCUCCAGGUAUCGCGAUUGCCGGUUCUCCAUCUUGCACCUGUUGCUCGGCCUGGACGAGGAAUGA